UCCUAGCUCAUCCAUGCAAGAAAAACACCACACUUAUAACUAAGCUUUCUCUUACUCUCUACAUCCUACCUCUUAGUUCUUCAUCAAUCUUCAAUGGCACUUGCUAAGGAGCGAAUUCGCCAAAAUUCACAAUCAUCUUUUUCUCAAGGGAUUGAUCCUUCAACCAUCGAGUUUUUUGGCUCUGAGAGUCACAUCCCUAUUUCUAACUUCGCUUUUAUGAAUGCUCUCCCUUAUGAAGCUCAAUCUAGCGCUAGAGUCAAUAAUUGGGCCUAUACCAAUUCUUCGUUGCUUAGUUUCGAGCAAUCCAAGCUUGAUAAUGAGGAGGCAUGUGCACUUUGGAUUGAUAGUAUGGAUCAUGAUCAAUAUGGAUCAAAUUGCGCAAAUUCUAGAUCGCUAAGCCAAGAUUAUGGGGAGGAUAGGUUCGGGUUUCUAUACCCAGAUUCAAGCUCAAUGGAUAGUGUUCAAGAUAGUGGAGAGGUAGAGAGAAGCUCUCAAAAACGCCCAUAUAUGAGUGGUGAUGUGCAAGUUUCUAAGAAACUUUGUGGAAAUAAUAAAAAGGCCAAGGCAAAACCUUCUCCUUCAAAGGACCCCCAGAGUAUUGCAGCAAAGAAUCGAAGGGAGAGGAUAAGUGAAAGGCUCAAAGUUCUUCAAGAUCUUGUGCCUAAUGGCACAAAGGUUGAUUUGGUAACCAUGCUAGAGAAAGCCAUUAGCUACGUAAAAUUCCUACAAUUGCAAGUGAAGGUAUUGGCUACCGAUGAAUUUUGGCCUGCCCAAGGGGGGAGAGCACCUGAGAUUGCUCAAGUGAAGGAAGCCAUUGAUGCCAUCUUAUCUUCUCAUAGAGAUAGGAAUUCUAGCUCUAAGCAAUGAGCUCUUUGAAGGAUACAUUGGGAAAAAUCAAAAUAGAAAUUACAAGUGUUUUAUGAAUGCAAAGAGAGAGGAAUGAGAAUUUUCCUAUCUUUCUUUAAUGCAGUUUUUAAUCUUUAUUAUGAUGUAAUGUUGAAGUGAUUAACAUCUGAAGAUAUAGAAGUAUAUGCAGCCCUCUUGUUUCCUCAAGGGU